AUGACGGAUUUCAACUCCAUCAACAUCGAAGCCGUUUACGGCUUUGUUGACCGUCUUGAGACUGCCUCACAUGAGGAGAAUCCGGAUCUCAAGACCUGGUGGAAGCUCAUUCUCUUCUUGCAGAACGGCCUCUGCGACCCGACCACCAAGGCAGUUCGGCCUUUUUCAUUCUUUACUAUCCCGCCAGCCUAUCAAGAAUUCGGCAAGUUCGCUUACGACUGGCUAUUAUUCCACCACAGAGGUCGAACAACAGAGUUUGCUUUGGGGGAAAUUGGGCACACGAGACCUGGCUUGAAGAAGGCACUUCUGGACGGCCUGGCCCCCCACGAAAAGGACCAGAGGCGCAGAAGGAAGCGCGGCUCGCCUCCAAAGAGCCGAGUUCUCCCUGGCUACUCGACCUCGUUGGCCGAGUUCUAUGCUACGGAGGGUGCUUUAAAGACCCUCCUACACAAGACUGUGUCUCCGGCAAGCACGGCCGAUAUUCCGCGCACUCGGCGCCAACAAUUGAGAUAUGUCAAGAAGAUGGCUAAGGCUCUUGAGAACACCAUUGGGAUCGUCGACAAUGACUCCCAGCAAGUGGCGGCAAUCAAGAGAAGUUCGAGAGAAGUGUUCGAAGAUGUUUCCUGGCGCCUAUACGACACCGCCGUCAAGAUGCAGGAAGGCAAGCCUGCCGUGCUUUCGUGGUCGACAGGGUUCUACUGGCGGGAGUAUGCCACCUUCAAGGAGAGGUGGAAUGACAUGGUACAGUUCAUCAGCAAAUCUAAAGCUGCGGUGGCCAAUCUCCUGCUCACACCCCAUUGGAAUCGCUUUGCAGGCGAUCCUGAUAGUGAACUAAAAAGGAAGAAUAUCAACAAGAAAGGCAACAACAAAAAAAAGACCGAAAAGACAUCAAUGAAGCAGAGGUUAGGGGAGGCAACAGGAGACGGAGCUGUUGCUGCCGGCCCUGCUUCUGCUCCAGAUGAGAACCAUACCGCCGAAGAGGAUAUCGACGAGGAUACCGACAACGACGAUGGCGACACGGACGGCGGUGACACCGACAGUACCGACAGCGACGACAGCGACGACAGCGACGACAGUGACACAGAUGACAGCGACGAUAGUGAGACGGAUGAUAGCGACGACGAAGGCCAUGACUCUGAGGAUGACACAGCCUUUGUACCCGAUGAAGACAGCGACGAGGGUAAUUCCGAGGAUCAAGCAGACGAAGAUAGCAACACGGACGAUAGUGAUCUCGAGGACGAAGAGGGGGGCAACCUCUCAACCCCUAACGUCACCCCAGUCCGUCCAUCUCGCAAACGUCCCCCAGUUGUGCCUGGGGUCUCGUUACCUUUGACUCCACAACCCAUUCCAGCCGCCGGUCCUGCUUCGUAG